AACCAAGACUCUGCCUGGCAGGCAACGGGAACGGGCUCAGUUGAAAGUCAGAAACCCAUUAUUUGGAAUCCACUUCUUUCACCUUUUCGAUGUUAAAAAUUAUUUUUCAUAAAUGUAAGGGAUUAUAAAUAUUAUUGUAUCGGUACGACAUCACAACUAUUGAUUUGCCUCAGCCAAUGGUUUCUGUGGCUUGCGUAAGGAAUAUUCGUCGCCGAGCUAGUCGGAGAAUCGAACCAGGAGGCCCCGCGCAGCUGAAUGUGUAUGAAGGCUCGGACUCGAAGUGAUAAAGAUGCGGUUUUGUGGGAGUUCGCAGCGGGUGAACUGAAGUUGGAUUUUCAGUCUGACGUCCUCAGCUUACUUUCUUCUAUAGCAAAAAAAUCCUAUUCAUUAAAAACUGGACACUCCUGGAACUGUUUAUGACGACCCUGGUUGGACCGUGAUGACCGCACGCUUCCGGUUGCCUGCUGGCAGAUCCUACAAUGUCCGGGCGUCGGAACUGGCACGCGACAGGCAGCACACCGAGGUGCUCUGUAACAUUCUCCUCCUGGACAACACCGUCCAAGCCUUCAAAGUUAGCAAGCACGAGCACGGCCAGGCGCUGCUGGACGCCGUGUUCAGGCACCUGGAACUGACGGAGAGAGACUACUUCGGCCUGCAUCUGGCCCAUGACUCCUCCGACAGCCCGAGGUGGCUGGAUCCUAACAAGCCCAUCAGGAAGCAGUUAAAAAGGGGAUCACCGCAUAAUCUAAGUUUCCGUGUCAAGUUCUUUGUGACGGACCCUAACAAACUUCAGGAAGAGUACACGAGGUACCAGUAUUUCCUCCAGAUCAAACAGGACAUACUGACUGGAAGACUGCCCUGUCCACACAACACUGCUGCCCUCCUGGCCUCUUAUGCUGUUCAAUACAACCCCUUGGAGUGCCCAGGCCAGCUCCACGCUCAGCUCUCACAUCCACACUGGGAGACAGAUGAACACAUGAGCUAGCCAGCAGCUCUUCCACAUCCAGCCCCAGUCCAGUUGAGCUCAGCUCGGGUCUGUCGUGGCCUUCCCAAGACGACGCAUAGAUCAUGUUCACAGAUGUGCAGACACAGCCUUCCUAGAGGAGACCAUUUUGUCUUGCCCAGCGACAGGCU